AUGGCAACGCCAUCCUCAUCCUCAGCCCGAACCGGCGAGACCAGGCCCAACCACUACCCCAUAUCAACCCAGGGCGGCGCCAGCGGAACCCCAACGGCGGCAAACAAUACAGGCGGAGGAGGCGGUUGGGGCGAUGCUGGUUUUAUAAAAGGUGGUGGAGGGGAAACCCGAAAGGAAUCGGAUGGAAGUUCCAGUGCCUCUGGUGACAUGAAUCACUCGUUUGCGGAGCAUAAACCUGGUUGUCAGCAGGGGAUCACGGGGAAGGUCACGGAUUUUGUCAAUACGGCACAUGGCCAGGGAAGAUAG